AAUGGCCGGAAAUGUUCGACAACAGCUUUCGCAACUUGCUAGUUUAUCACAUUCUGGUGGAUCACACAGAGAUGUUACGGAAAAGUACAAGGGGAUAUUGGAAACCAUUUUAAAGAUUGGAGGCAGUGAAAUGGUGCCAAGCUUGCAAGCUUUUGUGGAAGCAUUGGUGAAUGAGAAUGUGAGUUUGGUGAUAUCUCGUCAACUGUUGUCUGAUUUCUGUGCCCAUCUGCCCAAUCUAGACGACUCGGUGGCUAAACAAGUUGCCCAUUUUACUCUAGAAAAAGUUCACACAAGAGUCAUUUCUUUUGAGGAACAGGUAGCUGCAAUCAGACAACAUUUAGCAGACAUUUAUGAGAGACAGUCCAUGUGGCGAGAGGCUGCCAAUGUCUUAGUGGGAAUUCCUCUGGAGACGGGCCAGAAACAGUAUCCAACAGACUACAAACUGGAGACCUAUCUAAAGAUAGCUCGCCUGUAUUUGGAGGAAGAUCCAGUGCAGGCAGAAGCUUACAUCAAUAGAGCAUCUCUAUUACAAGCCGACUCUAAAAAUGAGGAACUUCAGAUUCACUACAAGGCAUGCUAUGCACGGGUUCUAGACUACAGAAGAAAAUUUAUUGAGGCUGCACAAAGAUACAAUGAACUUUCCUACAAAACUAUAGUAGCAGAAGAAGAAAGAAUGCAGGCCCUGAAAAAUGCCCUCAUUUGUACUGUUCUUGCCUCAGCAGGUCAACAGAGAUCCAGAAUGCUGGCAACACUAUUCAAAGAUGAACGCUGUACUCAGUUACCUGCAUACAACAUUUUGGAGAAAAUGUAUUUAGAUAGAAUUAUUCGUAGCAGUGACUUACAGGAGUUUGCAGCACUGCUUCGACCUCACCAGAAAGCAGUUACAGCUGAUGGCUCGAGCAUACUGGAUAGGGCAGUGAUAGAACAUAAUCUGCUGUCAGCAAGUAAGCUCUACAACAACAUUUCCUUCGCAGAACUUGGAUCCCUAUUAGAAAUUCCACCUUCAAAGGCGGAGAAGAUAGCGUCUCAAAUGAUCACAGAAGGACGUAUGCAUGGCUGUAUAGAUCAAAUUGAUUCUAUUGUGCAUUUUGAAGCAAGAGAAGCUUUACCCACAUGGGACAAACAAAUUCAGAGUCUGUGUUUUCAAGUCAAUCAGAUAAUUGAGAAGGUUUCUCAGUCAGCACCGGAUUGGAUGAUGAAAACCACGGAAACUCAGAUGGCUGAGGGUCAUUGAAGACUGUGUGAACACCAUGAAUGGAAAACAGAACAUAUUGCUUGAACAGAAUGUGGUGAACAGGCACCAUUAGAGAGAAUUAGUGAAUACAGUACUGUGUAAGAACAACUCGGAGAAGAAUGGAAAUUUACAUCAAAAAUGUCUUAACAUGAAAAAUGUUACUAGGAUAGUUGUUCAUUCUGCUGUAAAAUAUUGCAAGUACUAAAGACAAAAAUUAUAUUUGUAAUUUACAUACAUUCAUCAAUUUUAUAAAAUGCCCUGGUGAACAUGCAAGAAAUAUUAUUAAAAUGAAUAUAUUUGAGUUCCUUAAGGGUCAGAAUUUCAUAGUAUUGACGUGGGUAUUCUCUGCUGUUGGAAACUUUUGGGAUUUGACCUGAAUAAUAGUAAAUUAAUUUCUGCAUUUCAAUUUCUGUGGUUGCAUUGUACAGCAAAAAUAAAUAUCUGCAGGGUGCGACUACCUAGUGUUAAGGAUUUGGCAAACCACUACCUUGUUUUACAUGAUUUGGAGGAAUUAAUACUUCAGGAAUACAUGUGUAUUUUGCAAUUGUUAAAUUUUUGCGAAAUUCAUCAUAUCAACAAAAUUCCACAAAAAAUGGAUAACCGCAGAAAAUACCUGUUAUUUGGUAUAUUCAAUUAAAGUUAAUUAAAAUUACACUGUACAGUAAAACACGCUCUUAGUGAAUAUGCUUAUAAUGAAUUGAUGCUUACAGCAAAGUAAAUUUCAUUCCCUGUGGCAUAAUUGUCCAUCCCUGGGACUUCGUUAUAAGCAUGUUUUACUGUAUUACAAAUGCUAUUCAGUACGUUAAGUUUUAAGUUCAAUGAUGUAAGCUGUCUUGUGGUAUAGUUAUGUCCAUAUGUGUCAUUAAAUGGUUUACACAUGCAUGUGUGUUGUGUAAGAAUUUAAUUUGAUAAAUAGAAACAAUCUUCUCUUUGUAAGACCAUUAGUAUAUAUCAGUGCAUGCUCUAGAUAUUUUGAUUAAAGACAAAGAAUACUUGU